GGCGGGCAGAGCCGCUGUCGGGGCCGUGUCGGGGCCGCCCGCUUCCCCCGGCCCCGCCUCGGCGGCCGCGCGGGCCCGGGGCGGCGGCGGAGCGCUGCGGGCGGCGGAGCGCUGCCGCGGGGCAUGGCCCUGGCCGCGGCCCCGGCCCCGGCCCCGGCCCCGGCCCGCCCGCCGCCGGGGGGCACGUCGGCGGGGGAGAUGGAGCGCUACUACUGCCUGCUGCGGGCCGCCGCGCUGCUGGAGGCCGCCGCCGCCGAAACCACAAUACCCAUCUGUGCAAAGGACAUCAGUGAUGAUUUAAUGAAGGAGUUUGCUUUUCUGUCUGGUGGCCGAGGGAAGGACAAGGCUUGGAUUAUCACCCUCCCUGACAACGCUCGCUUCAAUGAGGUGCCGGAGGAGAUCGUAUCUAAAGUCCUGACAUACCUAACAUCAGUCCCCAGUCAACAUGAGUCAGACACCAAAUUUAUCCUGAUCCUGGAUAGAAGAUUGGACACAUGGACAUCGGUCAAAAUGACUCUCCAAAAAAUAGCAGCAUCUUUCCCGGGGAACCUGCACCUAGUGAUGGUUCUUCGUCCCACGGGGUUUUUCCAGCGCACCUUCACUGACAUUGGGUUUCGCUUCAGUCAGGAGGAUUUUCUGCUCAAGUUACCGGUUGUUAUGCUGAGCUCCGUGAGUGACCUGCUGACAUACAUUGAUGAACAGCAAUUAACCCCAGAGUUUGGAGGCACCCUGGAGUAUUGCCACAGCGAGUGGGUCAUCUUCAGGACUGCCAUAGAGAGUUUUGCACUAACUGUGAAGGAAAUUGCCCAGAUGUUACAAUCCUUUGGCACGGAGCUGGCAGAGACCGAGCUACCGGAUGACAUGUAUUCCAUCGAGCGCAUCCUGGCCCUGCGCACGGAGAAGUACUACCAGCUGAAGGAAGACAUUACAGCAGUCACAAAAGAGGGAAACUUGCUUUUGAGCAGUUUUGAAGAGCCGGACUCUGGGGAAUGCAGCCAGGACCAACCCCGUGAAAGGCCUGGGGACUGGGAGACUGUGAAUCGGUUACUCCGUCAGCUGCGUGAGAUGGAGACUGCUUUUGAUGGCUUCUGGGAAAAACAUCAGUUAAAAAUGGAGCAGUAUUUACAACUGUGGAAGUUUGAGCAAAGUUUUCAAGAGGUCAAGAAUGCCAUUGAAUUUCUCACGGGUCAGCAAGCAGAGCUGCCUGACACUGGUGACAGUGUCCUCCAAGUAAAACAGAGGCUCAAGGACUUGGCUCAUUUCGAUGGUAUGGCUCAGGAUCUGAUAGGGAAGGCCCAGGUGGUGAUACUACACGGACACCAGCUAGCAGCAAACCAUCACUAUGCCCUCAACUUAAUCUGCCAGCAAUGCAACGAGCUGCGGCACCAUUCCGAUGUCUUGUCUGAUGAGAUCAAAAGGAAGCAGAUGCGGCUGCAAAAGACCCUGGACCUCCAUACCCGCCUUCAGCAGGCUCUGCAGUGCUGUGAUGAAGGUGCCUACCUGCUUGCCAACCAGCAGAUGGAUAAGUGCCAGUCUAAAGAAGGCGCUCAGAAAGCUCUUCAGGACAUAGAAAGGUUUCUUGAAAGCUCUUCAACCUACUUAAACUAUGAUCCCCAAGCCCUACACUACGAUUUUGAGUCAGUCUUAACGUCGGAACUGAAGUGCCAGAUACAGUCAGUGCAGGUCAAGCUUGAAAACGUUCGAAGCAUGUUUGAGAACCGUCAGUCUUGCUUCAAGAAGCUGCUGGAUAAACACGUACGGCCCGUCCAAUUGGUAGCCCCAAGGCCAGAAAAUCCACCCAGAUCAAAAUCACCACUAUUCUCUCCUAAACAUGGUGUGGAUUUUAAUUCCAGUUUGAAGUUUUCAUUUGAUCUCUCUCUCCCUGGGAAGAAAACAUCAAGAAAAACCCCAAGUUCUCGCAAGAUUGAAGUCAUGCACGACUACCAGGAAAAACGGAAUUCCUUACAGUAUUUUAUAUCAGACAGUGAUGACAACUUGGAUAUACUAAAAGGCCAUGUCAUAAAUGAGCUUAUAGAAACAGAGAGAGUGUACGUGGAGGAGCUCUUCACUGUUUUGACGGGCUACAGAGCUGAGAUGGAUAACCCUGCCAUGCUCAUCCUAAUGCCUCCUGUGCUGAGGAACAGGAAGGAUGUCCUCUUCGGAAACAUGCCUGAGAUAUAUGACUUCCACAACAAAAUUUUCCUGCACAGCUUGGAAAGCUGCCUGGGAGCACCCGAGAGAGUGGGAUUUUGUUUCCUAGACAGGCGAGAGGAUUUCCAGAUGUAUGAGAAGUACUGCCAGAACAAGCCCCGGUCGGAGUCCCUGUGGAGGCAGUGCUCUGAGAGCACCUUCUUCCAGGAAUGCCAAAGAAAAUUAGAGCACAAACUCGGCCUGGAUUCCUAUUUGCUCAAACCAGUGCAGCGCCUGACAAAAUACCAGUUACUUCUGAAGGAGCUGCUAAAGUACAGCACGAGCUGUGAUGGAGUUCAGGAACUUCAAGAAGCUCUGGUUGCAAUGUUGGAUUUACUAAAGUCGGUCAAUGACUCUAUGCAUCAGAUUUCAAUAACAGGAUAUGAUGGUGACCUGAGCGAACUGGGGAAGGUGUUGAUGCAAGGAUCUUUCAGUGUUUGGACAGGACACCGGAAAGGUCCCACAAAAAUGAAGGAUCUUGCCAGGUUCAAGCCAAUGCAGAGGCAUCUCUUCCUGUACGAGAAAGCCUUGGUCUUCUGCAAGAAGCGAGAGGAGCACGGAGAUGGAUAUGACAAAACCUCAUCUUACAGUUUUAAGCACUUUUUGAAAAUGAAUGCAGUUGGAAUAACUGAGAAUGUGAAAGGAGAUCAUCGGAAAUUUGAAAUCUGGUACAGUGGGAGAGAAGAGGUCUAUGUCGUGCAGGCUCAAACAGUAGAUCUGAAGAUGGCGUGGUUGAAUGAAAUCAGAAAAAUCUUGUUCAAGCAGCAGGAGCUUAUAAAAGUGGAGAAGCAGCAGCCAGGCUCGUGCACAGACCAGCUCCCGCUGUCCUCCCAGCUGAGUGAUGGAAAGCAGCAGAGAGCCUCCAUAAGCUCAGAAGAGAACGACUCAGAGCGCACCAGCCCAGUGAUGCUGGACAGUGGGCUCCCGUCCCCCCAGAACAAGCCCCACAGAAGCUGGCCAGGAAUGUCCCAGUCUCUGGAAAUCUGCGAGGGGCUGGAGGAGUGGUCGGGUAACCAGUACCUCUCCAACUGCUCGGACACCGAAGAGGAGGACGGGAACCAGCUGUCUCCAGGAAGAUACAAAGCCCUUGCAGACUGCAAGAGGAGAGGAUCAGAGGACCUGCUGGUGAAAAACGGGGAUGAGAUUCAGCUCUUGCAUGAAGAUGGUGAGGGACAGUGGUUGGUGAAAAACCUCAACAGAAGAAAAGAAGGCUGGAUUCCUGUGCACAGCCUGCAGCUAGUGGUCGGUGACUGCAGAUUUCGGAAUGCCAAAGUCACAGAUGCCGCCCUGUGUAACACGAGAAAGUUUAGUUCCCCUUGAAUUAAGGGUGAACUAGUAGCAUCCCAUUUUCGAUGCUCUUUGGAAGCUUUCAACUAAGUGUUACAGAGAAAUAACACAAUAGUUGGAGUUGUCCUGUACUAUUCAUCACAUUCACAGACCUCCACAGCUUCAUCUGCACUGAACGGGACCGGGGUCCUAAGCAGCUUCUCAUAGUCAUCAAGGAAGCCAUUUCUGCUCUAUCCCUUUUUUCUUUCCUCUCCUCUGGAAAGUACAGUAUUUUGUUCAUUUUACCUGCUGUUUUUCCAUGACAUUCAUCACGUUUCAUCAGAAAAGUACGCUACAGUUUCCUGACACUUUGUUUAGAUGCUUGAAAUUUCCUCUACAGGUUGAAGGCUUUACUUCCAUAUAUUAGCUGACCACUGUUGAAGUUGCAAAUAAAAGAGUUGAGGUUUGGUAAACCAAAAAACAUCACCACCAAAAAGAAAAACAAAAGCAAACAAAGCAGCUGUAUGUCCUGUUGAAUUGAUUUUAUGGCUGGGUUUUUCUUAGCUCUCUACUUCAGCUAUGUGAAUGUAAUGUUCUGUAAGAGCAUCAUCUGGCUGACUCACACGUGAAGAUGCAAUAACACUAAAGAUCCUCUUUUUGCACUUAGGGCCUGACUCCAGCCCCUUGCAGUCAGUCCCAUUGAUUUCAGUGAGGUUUGGAUCAGGUCAAACUGACAACUCAGGGUUGUCACCAAUCACUUAGGGUCCCAAAGCGUCCCGAGGCUGAAACCUGUAUUGAGCAAGUGUUGAAGUUUACAUUAAAUGUAUGUACUUUUGGAACACGUGCCAUAAAUCAAAGUUAAAUGUCCAUGUUUGCACUAAGGAUGUUCUUGUGAUAAGACACUACUUUUCAGCAUCUUUAACAAUAAUGUAUCUAUUGAACUUUUGAGAAAGAAAACAGCAUAUUGAACACUCAUCAUUUAAGUUGGUGUUUCUUUGUCUAGUUUUGCUUUUGUAGAACAUAGGUACAGGUGGUUUGACUUUUAAGCAGAUGUGUGCAAAGAGCAUCUGACUGUGUCGAGAGCAGGGUUAAUAGUUUGCAUGUGGUAGUGAAUUUGCUCUGUCCCGUCAAAAUGAAGUGUUUUAUACCGUGGACUGAAGGGGGACCUUUAUGAUCUGACUCUGAUUUGUGAUCCAGGGGUUCUUAGAUGCAGUCCCACACUGUUGAGUUCAAACACAUUGGGGUUGGGUUAUUCAGUGACCACUUUUGUAUGGGGAAAUCAUUGACCCGCUUCAUGGCUGUGAUUGCCCAGGGGGUUCCCCAUCACGCUGGCCCUCAGCAGUGGGCUGGUUCCAGUUUGGGUGGCCAGUAUUGUGGGUAACCCCCAUACACCCUCAUAGAUGUGACCAGCUGAGUCUGGACUGAGCAAGAACUGGAGAGAUCCCAGUGUUCUUCACCCACUGGCAACCACAGCAGAGAGCUUUGAAGGCACUGAUGGUUAUUUCCAUCCACGUCAAAACUGGUCACAAUGCACUUGCUAGGUGGAAAACCAGCAGUGUCUGAAAUGACUCUUGGGGCUGUUAUUAGCGGUAACGAUUCUUGUGGUAACAGUACACAUUUUGAGGUACAACUGUAAAUACUUGUCUCAAACAUAGCACACAUUGCAUAUUCAAUGGUUUUAAUCUUUUUUUGUCUUCCAUAGUUUUAAAUCUGAGCUUUUCCUAAUUUAUGAGGUUGAUCGGUUCUGCCAAUCUGAAUGUACAGUCUGAGGUUUUUAACAUUUGAAACUUUGCACACGACAUGGUAUGUUACCUUAAGUAUGCUGUUGAACUAGGCUCUUCGUGUAUAGGGGUAAAUCACAGUGGAGAGUUUUCUCUGACUGCAAGUUGAAAUGAACUAUAUUGUAUAUGUACCUGUAAAAAAAUGUGUUAAAUCUAUAUUUAAAGAUUAAAAACUUGUUAAAUAAAUUCAUCUGAGAAGAUGCAA